AUGGACACAGGGACUCUCUAUCUGCCUCGCAGAGGAGCUUUCGUGGUUGCUGGGGCGGUGGUGGUGGCGGCGCUGCGAGCCGACUUAGUCUUACCGAAAGGUGUGAAAAAUCAAAACACCAGCUCCGUCCCCUCUCUUUCUCUUUCUCCCAACCCCGCCGCCCUGUCCCCGAGCAGAACACCACCAGCAGCACACUGCCUCACGCGAUCCGACGAGGAGGACGAUAGCAUUCGGGAGCCGUCCCUGGAGUCAAGCCUAACGGCGCGUCUCGCAGCCGCGCCCGUUGCGACGACAGGCGGCGACCAGGCGGCCUGGUUGCCGGAGUGCUGCCCGACUCCGAGUCACAGAGAGGCCGCCGCCAUCAUCGGCAAAGGCGGCGAGAAUGCCACCCAGAUUCGUCGUUGCAUCGCCUGCAAGUUCCAUCACAACGGCUCCCUCCUUUCACAAGAUAUUGUGUGGAUGGAUGGACUUUCACAACUUCGAUACACGAUCUCCUGCUCGAUAAGCGCAAUAUAUUCGCGAGAUGACGAUCGCGGAUGCCUUAUGGAUUUGGCUAAACGGCAUUCGAUGGUCUUGCCCCUAGGGGCCAGGGCGCCCGCGUUCGAAUACGACGAGUUGUUUCAGGCACAGCACCGGCCUGAGCAAUCGGAGGGCCCUGAGCGGCCAAGUGGACGCUGUAUCCAAGACGGAACCGAAACGAUAAUCGCGUACUCGAUCCGCGAAGAUGGCAAGAAGGUGAAGACCACCCGCCGGAUCAAGAAGACCGUUGUCGAGCAGGAGAUACCAUGGACAAGCCUCUUGAAUCGGCCUCCAAGGCCUACCAGGGACCUUGAAGCGCCGCAAAGACAACAAUGCCGUCGCUGCCACAACAUCAUGUACAUUGUUGGCCAUGCCCUCGCUUCUUGGGGGCUGGUGAAGCGGUGCGACCUUGGCCCCGUCGACAACCCUCACGACCCACCUUGCGUCUGGUGGUGUGGAUCCAGGCUACAACGCUCCCGCCUCUGGAAAGCUCCAGGCUCGUCAUUCUUUCCCGAGUGCUCGCACAGCACCACCCCAGUGUGCUCCCGAAACCCCGUCGUCCCUAGCCAACCGCGUGCACCCGCCUCAUCGAGUCAUGGCCAUUGUUCUGUCGAAAACACUACCAGCGCGCCACAUAACACGGCGAAGUGGCAGGUUCGAAAGAUCGAGCUCAUCCUCCAAGCUCAGAUCCCCGGCACCACAUACAACUGCAUCAUGUAUAAAGAAGACCUCGUCUUCCGCGACGCGCGAUCGUCCAGUCUCCCCCAAGGAGUACAACGAGGACGUGCCACUACAUUGGCAGAUCCUCCUAACUUGCCGAAAGUACUUCGAGGAGGGAGUCCCCGUCAUGUACGGAGGGCUCUUGGAUUUGUUUCGGACGAAGUUGCGGCCACUGCAGCGGGUGCUCCUUUAGGUUUCAUUACUGGUGGGGCUGAAGGAAAUGGCAAAGGAUAA